UUUAAUAUGUUCUAAUAAGUUCAUUGCCAUUUGUGUACUUUUUGUCGUCCCACAUCUAAAUUGUCCAUAAAUUUUCAUCCGCGGUUUUUAAAGCUAUUUUAGUCAAAGAAAUUUUGACAAGGCCUUCCUCCGUGUGUAGUUCCGUCUGAGACAGAAGCGACAACACUGCUUUCCCAGGUGUGAGGCAGCACACCAUGCAUUAGCCUCCAACCCAGACAAUGUGGAGAUGGUGCGCUUUUACACUCAUUCUCUGAAGAAUAUAGCAAAGAGGAAAGUGCUAAGAUUAGACCCCAGCCUGAAGAGGACCAUGUGUAAGAGAUGUUCAAUGCUGUUGGUGCCUGGAGUCUCAGCCACAGUGAGAGUGAGAGGAAAGGGGCUGAAGAGAGUCAUUGUCAAGUGUGUGGAGUGUAAGCUGUUGAAGAGGUUUCCUCUCAAGGAGGGCUAUAAACUUUGGUGUGAGCAACCAGAGGCUUGGAUAGACCAAGACAGUGCAAAAACUCCACAGGAAAGAACAGUUACAGCAAGGCCAGGGCAAGACCCUGCCAAAAUACUGCAGGAAGAAAAACUUGUCCAAGCACAGGGACCUAUAGAAACACAAACACUAUUACCUCAGUUGGAUGAGACCAAUAAAAGGCAAAAUGAUACAAAUAGGGAUGGUGAGAAUGGUAGGACUAAUGUGGAAAGAGGACACAGAGAUGUAGGUGAAAGUUAGCACAACUGGCAGCUUCACUAGUGUUUAUUUUUUUCUCCCUUUUGUGUUUGUCUUAUGGCAUUAGCUGAUAGUGACUUGAAGCUCAUCAUGUUGAACUGAUUAAAGGCAAAUAAUGAACUUUACAGAGAAUGAAAUGGUUUCAUAAUGAGACCUAUUGCCACUUUGUUUAAUAACUUACUGUAAUGGAAAUUCCUGGCAAUUGUAUAUUGGUGUAAGGAUGUUUAUUCAGCAACUUAAAAGUGUCAUUUAAGUCAGUUUCACAUCACAAUGUUUAUAUAAGAGAAUAACAAAUGCUUGCAAUCAUUGUAAAAUUCAAUAAUUUAUUAAAAGUAUACUAGUUAUAAGCAAUAAUGUGACAGAUGAGUAAUAAAUUAAUUCAUCAAUUAAAUAAAUAUUUUUUCUCAACUUGUACAUUAUGCUUGAGUAAUAUGCAACUCUCACUUGGAAAACUACAAUAAUGUUAAAAAUAUUUAAAAAGUGACAUUCUUGAAAUGUACAAGUAGAUCGAGGUGUUGGCAAGCGAGGGUUCAAAAGAUCUUUUUUGACAAGGAAAAAAA